AUGCUCGGGCAGAGUAUGCCAAAAAACCCUGCAGACAGGAGGAUGCCUGGCUUAACAUGGUUGGCGCUGGGCCCAAGACUCUGGAUGAGCCGGAACAUGGAGUGCUGCACUGAGCACCAUUCAGCCCCCUGCUUCUUCCUGCAAAGGGCAAGCCGUGCUAUGGCCAGCUCCCUUUCAUGCACAGUAAGCGCAGGCCCGCAUAAAAACAGACUGCCCGGGUUUCUGGGCAAGAACUCUGCCGCUUCACCCAGCACUCUCCACAGCCUGGCUCUCUACUGCAAAAACUUUAAAGCAGCAUGCUAUGCUGGUGCGCGAGUGGCUUGGAAAAACAAAGCAAAGCAGCGCCCUUUAAGAAUGUGUGGACAAUGGAAAGAAGAAAAGAAGUUUACUUGCACUUGGAAGGCCGGAGACUUCUUUGCCUGGAGCCGUUCGCUCCCAAAGAAGCCUUGCCAGCUCUGCACACGGUUUCUGCAACUCGCCCAGCCCUGCGCGCGCAUCUGCCGCACGCAGCUUUGCCAAAACCUGUGUAUGCUCUCUUGGCAGAACCGAUCUCCUCGACACACUGCGCCAUGCAUUCUUUUGUUUUGGCCACGCUUUCUUCUUUCUCUUUCAAGGCCCGCUCCAACCUGGAAAUUAUUUUUUUGUUGUCUGCCUCCGUCUGCUCUAUGCAACCUUCUGUCUUGA